AUGUUCAUUGAUCUAGGCGGCGUAAGUGGUGAGGGUGAUUUGGAGGCGAGACGACAUGGUGGUGCUCAGGGCAGAAGCAACCAAGAAGGUCUACGUAAAGGGAAUUAUAGGUUGGCCUCUCCAACGUGGAUGAUGGUGGUGGCAUCCUCAGCCGUCAAAGCCAACUUUUUUUUAGGAGUUCGCUACUUGGAGAAAGCUGUUUUUAAUUUAGACUAUGGGCAAUUGAAGCUUGUUUUCCAUGCCCUCGAGGAGCGUAAACAGGUUAUUGAGAAUGCUCCACACCUCUGCCAUGCUUUGCCAUGCAUGACACCAUGUUUUGACUGGUUUGAGGUGGUCUACUUCUGGAUGGGCUUGAAACUAUAUGAUUUGGUUGCCGGGCGACGCCUGUUACACUUGUCCAGAUAUUAUUCUGCACAAGAGUCCAUUGAACUCUUCCCCACUCUUGCAACGAAGGGUAAAGAUAGAAGCUUGAAAGGAACAGUUGUUUAUUACGAUGGACAAAUGAAUGACUCUCGACUCAAUGUUGCAUUAGCAUUGACUGCUGCAUUAGCAGGUGCAGCCAUUCUUAACUAUGCCGAAGCAGUUUCCUUUCUUAAAGAUGAGGUUAGCGGGAAGAUAAUAGGUGCACGUAUACGAAACAAUUUAUCAGGCAAAGAAUUCGAUACGUAUGCAAAAGUUGUGGUGAAUGCUGGAGGGCCAUUUUGUGAUUCUGUUAGGAAAAUGGCAGACAAAGAUGCAAAACCUAUGAUCUGUCCUAGUAGUGGUGUACAUAUCGUGCUUCCUGAUUACUAUUCUCCUGAGGGGAUGGGCUUAAUUGUUCCCAAAACUAAGGAUGGACGUGUUGUCUUCAUGCUCCCCUGGCUGGGGAGAACAGUUGCUGGCACCACAGAUUCUAACACGUCCAUUACGAUGCUACCGGAACCUCAUGAGGACGAGAUUCAAUUCAUACUGGAUGCCAUCUGUGAUUACCUGAAUGUUAAGGUACGGCGCAUAGAUGUUCUUUCUGCUUGGAGUGGUAUUCGCCCAUUGGCAACAGAUCCUUCAGCAAAAAAUACUGAGAGUAUUUCCAGAGAUCAUGUUGUCUGUGAAGAUUUCCCUGGUUUGGUAACAAUUACUGGUGGAAAGUGGACUACUUAUAGAAGUAUGGCAGAAGAUGCAGUUAAUUCAGCUAUAAAGUCUGGAAAGCUGAGCCCAGCCAACAGAAGUUUAACGCACAACCUACGCCUUAUUGGUGCAGAUGGAUGGGAACCGGCUUCUUUCACAGUACUUGCUCAGCAAUAUGUACGAAUGAAGAUGACAUUUAGUGGUAAAGUUGUUCCAGGGGUGAUGGACACUGCUGCAGCAAAGCAUUUAUCUCGUACAUAUGGUACUUUGGCUGAACGUGUGGCUACCAUAGCUCAGAAUGAAAAUCUGGGAAAGCGACUUGCCCAUGGAUACCCUUUUCUAGAAGCGGAGGUUGCAUUCUGUGCUCGGCAUGAGUAUUGUGAAUCUGCUGUAGAUUUCAUUGCUAGGAGAUCACGGCUUGCUUUCCUUGACACUGAUGCUGCAGGCCGGGCAUUGCCUCGGAUAAUCCAGAUACUGGCUGCUGAACACCAAUGGGACAAGUCAAGGCAGAAGCAAGAGGUACAGAAGGCUAACGAAUUCUUAGAGACUUUCAAGUCCUCAAAAAAUGCUCAGUUCCAUGAUGGGAAGCACAACUAGGUCGUGAACUUGUUGAUAUCAGUAUUUAAAGAGAUGGACUAUUAGUACGCAUUUCCUGCAGUUUUUUCCCCAGCUUUUCUAUUUUUGGCCCGGAGGAUUUUUUUUAUGCCCUCGUUUUUGCAUAAGGUGAUGUUGAGAUGUUAAUCAAGUAUACUUCUGAUUUAGCACACCAUUAACAGCUGUUGGUCACAGCAUAUAAAUCCCUGGAAACACUUGAUUUUCUUGAGUACCCAUCUACCCAAAUAAUGGAACUCUUCUGUCAGAUAGACAUGUAGACUUUGGAAUUUGUAGUUCCUGUUUAUGUUUCUUGGUGAUGAAAAUAGUCAAUCCUCACUAGGCAUAUGCUCAAAGUCUGCACAUUGAACUUUACCACGCUCUAUGCGAAUAAAGUUAACUAGUCCUUCACAAAACUCUGAAGGAAAUUCUUUAUUCA